CCGGUCGGUCGGUGGGUUGGUCCGAUUUCGCAUCCCGUCGUGGAGUUCCGACCUCAAGAUCGUUCAUCGAGAAGCCCACCGAAAAGGAGGAAAAGAGGGAAAAUAUAAAUAUCAACUUACUGGAAGAGGUAAAGCCAUCAAAAGCAGGCCGCGGAUAAUUGUGUUCUGUGCGGUUGUUGUUGUUAUUUUUUCUGUCGCGGCGCUUUUGUUGGAUCAGAGUUUGUUUGUUUGUUUUUUGUUGUUGUUGCUGUCCGAAUUGCGGUUUGCACUUGGAUUGAGAAGGCAGCGCAGUGGAAUGCUUCCGGUUUGACACAACAUUGUGGAAGGUUUUUUUACUUAUCCUAUUUUUAUGCAAAAGCAAGUGCGAAACAUAACGGUUUUUAUGGUGCCAUUUUUCUUGUGAAUGUUUUUCUUGGAGCAGUUGUCAAAAUAUGGGAUUGUGUGUUACCUAAGUGCAUCAACGCCAGAAGAUAUGUGACAUAAAUCGUCGAGUUUAAGUUAAACAACAAUUUAUGGCACUGUGUUCUACUAAAAUAAAGUGAAUAAAAUCUAAGUGGAAAAGUGAUAAAACCUACUUAAACAGUGAUCUCAAAUCAGCCGGAGAAGGAAAUGAAUUUUGUUGAGUUUCUGGCUUAUUUCUUCAAUGUGCCCAACGGAAUCAGAAGAAGUUCAGCCAAAAUGAAGCUUUUCGUCAGGAUAGUGACGCUCCUGUUUCUGCUGCUACUGUUUGAUCCUGGAUUCGGUAAUGCAUGUCGACUGUACUCCAAGAGCAACCUGCGAACCAAAUCGGACGGGGUCCAGUUUCUGCGCAUCAAGGAGGACUUUCCGGUGGGUGGCGAAAUCGUGGCCCUGUACGCCUAUCCGCGGAAUUCGAUUCUGAUAGCCAAGAAUGACAACUCGAGCGAUGCCGAGUACUUCCGGCUGCGGGAGGUCAACAGUACCGUGGUCAGUGUGAUCCUGAACCGGAGCCUGGACCAGCUGGUGGACAACGAUAUGCCCCAGAGCAUACUGAAGUUCAGUGUCUUCUGCAGUGGGACUUCGGCCAUGGCCAUGAAAACGGAUAACCAGUCGUCAUUUUUCACAAUUACUGUUUACAUUGAAGAUAUUAACGAUAAUGAUCCCGAAUUUAUCAAUCUACCGUACGCGGUAACGCUGGACGAAUCAACGCCAAUUGAGACGGUGGUGUUUAAUAGAAUUAAGGCAAUUGAUCGUGAUAAGCCAAACACGCCGAACUCCGAUGUGGAAUACGCGAUCGCACCGUGGCUGCUCAAGAGCGCCGACUUCCCGUUUCGGCUCGAGAGUGCCCAGCGGCCGAAGCUGAUCCUCCAGCGGCCCCUGGACUACGACUCGGGGCUGCACUCGAUGAGCGUGCUGGUGAUGGCGAGCGAUCGUGGGAACCCACCGAGGACGGCCAACGCCACGGUCAGGGUGACGAUCAGGGACGUGGACGAUCAGCUGCCGCUCUUCACCCGGGCCGUCUACCGGGCCAGUCUCAAGGAGUCAUUUCCGCUGACGGGCAAACCGAUCCACGAACCGAUCUAUUUCGAUCCGCCGAUUUGGGCCUUCGAUCAGGAUUCGUUGAACACCACGCUAGUUUACAGCAUUGCGGGUGGCAACGAGCGGAUGCUAUUCUGGAUGUCCCCGGAAACCGGAAUGCUGUUUUUGCAGAAAGAAAUCGAUCUUGAGGCGGAAAGCUUACCGGAUAACACGGUGGUGAUUCAGAUCGAAGCACACCAAGCCAAUGAUCCCUCCCGGAGUGCUAUGGCCAGAGUUGAGCUGGAGAUCAUCGACCUGAACGACAACCUGCCGGAAUUCGAGGUGGACCUGUACAACAUCUCCAUCAUCGAGAAUCUUCCGAAGGGGUUCAGCAUCCUGCAGGUGAACGCCAUAGAUCGGGAUCAAGGCGAGAAUGCCGAAUUUUACUACUAUCUGGCCAAAGAGGAACCCAAGGGGGCGUUCGUGAUCGAUCACAUGACCGGGUGGAUUGUGGUCCAGGACGAGACCUUUCUGGACAAGGAAACGAGAGGAUCGCUGCGGAUGACGGUGAAUGCGAUGGAACGGCUGGAGCAGGUAGACCGAAAGAAAAACUAUGGAACCGUUCAGGUGGAGAUUACCCUGCUGGAUACCAACGACAACACGCCGGAGUUCGAAAAGGGAACCUUGUACGAGUUUAAGGCUAAUUGUAGCGCUCCGGUUGGGAGUAAAGUGGGAACGAUUACGGCGAAGGAUCCCGAUGAUGGAGGUAACGGACAGGUUCAAUACUCCAUUAAGAACGUAAGGCCGAACUUAUCGAUUCCGUUCAAGGUCGAGGGAGAUACGGGAGAUAUUGUGACAGCAGAGGCACUAACGUAUGGGAAGGUUGCCUUCUUCGUAGAAGCGAGGGAUCGUCCACAGAAUCCGUCCGAAAGCAGAUUCAACGUGGCUCUGGUAACGGUUGACAUCAUUUGCCAGUCGAUUGAGGAGAUUGAGUUCAUAGGAUCACCUUACGAGUUUUGGGUUGGGGCAGACGCUCCCAUUGGAGCAUCCGUAGGUCAAAUUAGGACAACUUUCGAUGCCAAUACGGAGGAAGAAAUAUUCUUCGACUUGCUGCAUUCCUAUCCGGAGGGAGUUCCGUUUGCGAUCGAGGAACGAUCAGGAAUAGUUACGGUAAUCGAAGCACUGGACCGAUUCAAUCGACGCUGCUAUGAGUUCGAGACAGUCGUAUCCUAUCUACCGAAUUCAGCAGGGAAAGUUACCGACCAGCUGACUCCGGAAGCUUACAACAACUUGGAAAAAAUAAUCGUCACCAAUGUGACCAUCCACGUGAUCAAGAACAACUUCAUGUUACUUAGGGGUACCAACUCGACCCCAAUAGAAUUCAGGGUGAAAGAAAACAAACCAAAUACUGUGAUAGGUCAGCUGAAGUUUCAAGACUUUCAGGAACAAUGCGAAGUUGAUGAGAAAGGUCUUCCUCCGUUGAUUUCUGUCCGCGGUGAUAAAAACAGAGCCGAUCGUCAGGUGUUCAACCUGAAUGGGAAAAAUCGCACCCGAUACGGAAGAAGGUUCAUAAGGGAGGCUGAAUCUGAUCUGGUUCACCUGUAUCCACUGGUCACUUUCGACGCGAUGUACACAACUGACACAAACCGGACACCACGAAAUUCUCGGCACACGAAGGCACCUACCAGUGGCGUCCAAUACUCUCUAGUGAACAGCUACGAGGUAGCGGACACUAUUCGACUUACCAACGACGGCAAACUGGUGACGAUAAAAGGUCUAGACCGAGAAAAACAAGAAACAAUCCGAGUGACUAUCAUCGCUGAAUACUUCUUCAAGCAUAGGACUUUCGCGGGCAUCUACCAAGUUGUCAUUCUGGUCGAAGACGAAAACGAUAAUCCACCCAAGUUUAACCAGCCGUUCUACCUAGGAGUGAUCGCUGAAAAUUCUCCCAUAGGAACAGAAAUCGUGCUUAACAACCCCAUCGUAAUAUCUGACCUGGAUUUGGGCUCCAACGCUCAGUACGAGCUAGUCCUAACGGGUGAAUCCAACUCCUUCGCAGCCCAAUUCUCCAAUUCAACUCUUUCCAACUACAACAAAACGGUGGCUCACAUCUUCAAAAACCUUCAAAUCGGAAACAUCGAAUCUAGUGAAUCCAACCAAAGGAUUGAUUUUCAACCGAAGAAUCCCCUGGAGCCAAGUCUCAAUGGUUCGACCCCUCACUAUAACAUCAUCUUCAUGGGACCGAACAAGCUGGACCGGGAGGAAAUCGAUAGCUUGAGCCUGAAGAUGAUGGCUACCGAUCGCGAUAGCCUGACAUCGGAAGUCGAGCUACGGAUACUGAUACUGGAUGUCAACGAUAACGCACCGAUGUUUGACAAGGUUGCCAUUUUCCGGAAAAGCAACUGCGAAAUGGUUGAAAACACCAGCGAUUUGGAGCUGUUUUACUUCGAUGAGCUGGAGACGGAAAUGUUGCCGGAGUUCGCCGGAAACCGGGCCGAUCGAGAAUCACUUCGGAUGAACUACGGGGUGGAAAGUCUGUUCGAAAUGGUCCAAUCGGCACCGUACGUGGGGAUGCCGAGGUUGUUUGAUGGGCAGCUGAUGAUGCGAGGGAAUCGUUCGACGACGGCCCUUAAACGUAAGUUGUACAAAUCGAGGGGAAAUCGGGUUCGUAGCGGGGUUCGGAACACUCGAGCCAUUGGGAAGAAGUCGAUGCUUCGGUUUAAUUUGCCGGAGAACGUCGAGACGGGGAAGGUUAUUUUGAAGCUGACAGCUAGUGAUGACGAUUUCGAUAAGAAUUCGAUGGUUUUCUAUGAGAUUACGAGUCAGGAGGAGAGGCGUAGCGGCAACCGGACGGUUUAUUUUAGAAUCGAUCGACAGUCGGGAGAAUUGAAGGCAGCUAAGAAGCUCGCCCCAGAGACGGAAGUGUGGUUGAAUGUUUCCGCGAAGGACAACGGAGGAUUGGAGGAUGUGAUAUCGUUGGAGUUCAAUAUCUACGACGUGAAUGACAACUCUCCGGUAUUUGAGAAACAGUGGUAUACGUUUAAGGUGGAGGAAGCUGUCUAUCCGAUCACGGGAACCAAAAUAGGGCAGGUGAAGGCGAUUGAUGAAGAUUUGGGUGAAAACGGUAAGGUAACCUAUCUUCUGCUGGCAGAUGAUGAAAGGAAGAUCCCGUUUUCGAUUUCACCCUUGGAUGGUACGAUUAGAGUUUCCGGAGAGAUUGAUCGCGAGUCGGUGGCUUCCUAUCGGUUUAAAGUGCUGGCAUCGGACAGUAACUUCGAUUUGAAACUUUCCGCUAUGGUGGAGGUUGAGGUUAUUGUACUGGAUAAAAACGACAACAGUCCGGAGUUUACGACCUACGACGAACUGCAGUACGAUCGAAGCAGUAUUAAGAGGUUGCCAGUUUAUAUUGCGUACAUCAAUGUGAAUUCCAAACCAGGGAGCUUUGUGAAACAGGUUCAAGCUAAGGAUAAUGAUUUCGCCGAAAACGGAAACGGGUUGGUGAUUUUCUCGCUAACCGGGCAAAGUGAACUGAUGCAGUUUGUCAUUGAUCCAAAGGACGGAGUGAUUACAACGGCUUCCCGGUUUGUUGCUCCUGCAGGGAAAAAAUCCUAUCAACACGUUAAUGUAACAGUAGUUGCUUCCGAUUUUGGGACUCCUCCUCGAUCGAGUGUAGCCUUGCUCAUAGUCAACCUCCAGGGUGAUCCAACACAUACAGAUGUGAUUGAAGAGCGAGUCCCUCUGUUUCCGUAUAAGUACUACGAGUUAGAACUCAGAGAGAACGAUCCGGCUCCUAAAAUAGUUUUGAACAUAACCCUGAACAAGCCUUACGCUAAGGACUUUUUCCGCUGGGAGCUGGUCAGUGAAGACGAUUCGGCGAGUUCCAUCAAGAAAAAGUUUAAAAUCGAUGAACGCAAUGGUUCGUUAUGGUUGCUACAGCCAUUGGAUCGGGAAGAGAAGGAAAUGUACGAGAUCAAGAUAAAAGUGGAGAAACAGAAGAGUCGCGAAAGUCGGAACAUUCCGAGUGUUUUGUACGCCCUGGAGAAUCCAAUCCGACGGCGAACGCAAAAGUUGUACGACAACGAGGUAGAAAUUCUAGUCAAAGUCAUGGACGUUAACGACAACGCCCCAGUGUAUAAGGAGAGUGAGGGACCCAUCAUAGCGGUCGUUCCGGAACGUGCCAACUACGGCUAUUCGGUGCUGAAGGUGGAAGCCUCGGACCAGGACGCCGGUGCCAAUGGAGAAAUCCGAUACUCUUUGCUCAACGAACCUUCCCGGUUGUUCGAUGUGGACGCUUUGACCGGACAAAUAAGGCUACUUAGCUCGCUCGCUAACUUCCAGGAGCGGGUGUUCGGAUUUGACGUCAAAGCCACCGAUCGAGUCGGGGCCGAUGACGGCAAAUCUACCAUUGCCAACGUAUUCGUGUACGUACUGAACUCACGCUACGAGGUGUGUCUUAUUUUGGCCGGAGCCCCGGUCGAAAUAGAAAAACAACAGACCAUGAUCGUUGGCAGCCUGAGUUCGGCCACCGGGUACGAAGUUCGGAUACGGGCCCUGGAAAGCAACGACAAAGUUGAGGAUGCGACAAAUCUCUAUCUGUACGCAAUAGACCGGAGAUCGAACACACUAGUUGAGAUGUCCGAGCUUCAAAGAACCCUGGCAUCGCUGGACAUGCUGAAUCUGAAGCCAACGCUGCCGAUCAUCGAGCUGGCCGAGCUGGCCUCGACGAACGCCCUGGAACCGCACUCGUACGAUGCCGGGAUGAAGGGCAUCGAGCUGGCCACCGUCGUCAUUGGGGGGUUGAUCUUUGCCGGCGGUACGGCAACGGCCCUGUGCAUCGCCUGCGCCCGAUAUCGACGAUUGAUUCCGCUGCCCACGAUCAGCGGAGGAUUCGGCAGCUUGGGAAACGUCCGACGCAACCGAGAUGUGCGGGCCACUGGAAUCCGUAGCGCCGGCUCGACGACGUUGAUGGGCGGCCGGGGGGACGGAAGCGGGGCUGUAGGUGGUGGAGCCAACAUCGGCCAUCAGAACAUCAGCUCAGCCGGGGUCCAGGGUGGUAUGGCCGCUCGGGUCGACAUUCAACCGGUCAUCAACCGAUCGGAUCUGAAGAGUUCGAUCUUCCACCCGAGCUUCCACCGGCAGUUCGUGACGAACAUUAGCACCGAAUCGGGCGCGCCGGUCGAACCGGUUCACGAGGAGAACAAUAGCGAUAGCUACGAGGAUUCCUUGAAGGAUUCGCUGACCUCGAACACGAGUCUAUGACGAGAGGCGAAGGGUUCCUCCUGCAGAAGGGGGAGCCAUCGGGGCUGUCGGAAGCCCAGCAAUCGAACCAUGAACAACAGCCAGCUGUACAGAAUAGCCGAUAGGAUAAACCAAAAAUUUUAAUAACGCUAAACUACACAAAACAAAACGCCACGUUUUAUUUUUUAAAUUUUAGCCUACUUGUUAAGGUUUAAUUAUUCCAAAAAUAAUGUUGUUAUGUAGUUAGGUAAGACAGUUCGGAUUGAGAAUGCUCGGUGAAUGUUCGUGUGCCGCUCGCGUGGUUUUGUAUGUACGUGCAAAAAGUGCCUUCGAAGUGCAAUCAAAGCAACCAGAAACAAAGAUAAGCAAACUGUAAAUAUGACAAUUUUAAUUAAAUCUAAUGUAAACAAACACUGA